UCUGCCAGGCAGGUCUGGUUGUUGACUUGUCGGUCGUGAGGGGGAGAUCGGUUAAGAAAACAUUCUCCGGUCGAGUUUUCCUCGCCGGCCGAAUAGUAUGGCGGACCUGGAAAAUUCUCGCCGCGAGCUGCGCAAGUCGGCGGACCUGAGAAGGAUACUGUUCAAAGAAGAGGAGCAGGCUAAAACGAGACACAUUCGGAAGCUGAUGAACAAGCCAGCCUGGGAGCGCAGUGCCGACGAAGAGUGCAUUCUGGAGAACUCGCGUGACCUGGUCCAAAUUCUGCAGGAGAGGUCGCGGAAGCGCCAAUGCAACGAGCAGCGUCUUCAAGAGGUGCAAGAUCCACCAGCAGUGCUGGCCGAAAAGUGCGAGGUACUGGCGACGGCCAUUACCGAAGCACGCCACCUUAUAGUGUACACGGGUGCUGGCAUCAGCACAGCGGCGCGCAUCCCAGACUACAGGGGCCCAGCAGGUGUCUGGACUUUGCUGCACAAAGGCCAGCGGCUUCCCGAGGUUCAGGACCUGAGCCAGGCUUGCCCGACCUUCACUCACAUGGCGCUGGCGCAGCUGCAGCGCAUGGGGCACGUCAAGCACGUCGUGUCGCAGAACUGCGACGGCCUCCACGUUCGCAGUGGCCUGUCCCGGAAGUGCCUCUCCGAGGUGCACGGCAACAUGUUCCUCGAGGUGUGCCCGCGCUGCAAGCCGCUGCGGCAGUACUUCCGCCUCUUCGACGUCACUGAGCGGACGGCCUUGCGGCGGCACCGCACGGGCCGCCAGUGCCACGUCUGCUCCGCCGACCUGGUUGAUACCAUCGUGCACUUUGGCGAGAAGGGCCGGUUGCGCUGGCCGCUUAACUGGCAGGGUGCGGGGCGAGCGGCCGACCGGUGUGAUGCCAUCCUCUGCCUAGGCAGCAGCCUCAAGGUGCUUCGGAGAUACCGGUGCCUAUGGGGGCUCGACCGGCCCGUGCGUGAGAGGCCCAAGCUGUACAUCGUGAACCUGCAGUGGACGCCCAAGGACGACUCGGCUGCACUCAAGAUCAACGGCCGCUGCGACGAGGUCAUGCGAGCCGUCAUGGAGCAUCUGAAGAUCUGUGUCCCCGAAUACGAGCGGCACAAUGACCCACUGUGGAAGCUGCACACGCCCGUGCGGCCCAAGGAGCUGCGGACGUUCACCAGGUUGCCCUUGGUGGUGGCCGAGGAGCCCCCGCACGAGGACCACUGUUACGCAAUGACAAUCAAAAGGAAGGCGAAGACGGCGACGACGACAAGCAGGGGAUUGUCAAGCAGGAAAUAGAAGAGGAGGACACUGUGCAAGAGAGAGAGGAGGAGGAAGAGGCCGAUAACCCAAAGAAACAACCGAGGCUCAUUGGCUGGUACGGAAAAGGGUGCGCCAAGUGGCGCCGAAAACGCUAGCAGACGAGCUCCGUUGCACUGGUAUGAAGAGGAUAGUCGCGUCGUCUGCCGCUGAUUGCAAAGAGCGAUUGUGGUAGAUGCUGGCUCGAGGACACAAGGACUGGGGCGCCCCCGACACCCGUGAAACGAAAGGGACGCAUUUCGGCGAGGCACGGCAUCGGAUGAGGGUGGCUUCGUGAAAGGUUGCUGCUUGCUGUGCGUUAGCGUGUUGCCCCAUGAUGUGUUUGUGCAAUUGUCCUGUGAACAGGUGAACAGUGAGUUUGCUACGUCGAGGUGCAAGUCGAAGUGGGUAGAGCGUGCAAGACAUUUUGUUCCCAAGAGUCUGUUUAGUGCAAGGCACCGUCUACCUAUUGUGUGUUGAUAACUACAGUGCUCUUCCCGUUAACGAGGCCAGUAUGGAAGCAUGUGUUUUCAUCAUCCUUGAUACCAGGGCUCGUUUUUAUAUCGAAGCUGAAGAUAGGCGUGCAUUUGUGACCAGCGAGAGUAAAACUUGUGCGGGCAGCUUUUUGCAUGAAAAUGUAGAAAAACAAGUGUAAAUUUUUUAAAGCCAGUGCGCAUUUUUCAGUUUUCCCGCCGAGAGUGGCAAUUUGAUGGCCAUCAAAAUUUAGCAGAAGACAGGCACAACAUAAUUCACAACACUGAGUAACUUGUCUCGCAGACCAACUUCGCGAGACGUUUUGCAGACGAUUUCUGCAAGAGGUCUUGCAGAUUGACUCUGUGAGAUGUAUCUGAAAUGAGCUAAGCUCGUGGAGAAUUUGGUCAUUAGGUGAGGCAUCUCAUUAGCUACAUGUGUACAAUUUACCUUGAUAAGUGUGAGCCAUCAUUGACUUGGGAAGAUGGUGUUUACAGCCUUUAAUUUGUAACGGUUGGGCAGAGUGCAACUCAUGUUGCUUCUAAAGCCUGCCUUUCAAAAUUAAACUACCGUAAAAUUCCAAGCAAGUGCCCCCCCCCUCAAGCAAGUCAAAAUUCUGCAAAAGUUGGGUGGGGGGCGCUAUCCUGGAACGGCAUUAAAAUUUAAGAUGACGAC